CUUAAAACGUUUGCAGGUAUAAAGAGUCCAGACUAAUCUGAACAUCACACACUGACAGAGCUACAGAAGAACACUAGGAAAACAUGAAUCUUUUCCUUCUGCUGGUUGCGUUGGGACUCACAGGAGCGUCUCCCCUGGGGGACUCCAAGGUGUGCCAGCCUCACUCCAGACCCUGGCAGGUCUAUCUGCAUGGCGGAGGAGUGUCCUGCAGUGGAGCUCUUAUCGACGCGUUGUGGAUAGUAACCUCCUUUGACUGUGCACCCACAUCCUACAACACCAUCACAUCUCUUGGGGAACAUGACGUGACCCUGGAUGAGGGCACUGAGCAGCACAUCUACGUUGCUGACGUCAUCCGUCACAGUCCCUACCGCUCGCCCCUCCACAGCCUCACGAUGGUCCGUCUGGCCGAACCCGCCCGCUUCACCCAGCACGUCCAGCCCAUCCCUCUGCCCAGCCGCUGCCCACAGCCUGGAGAGAUCUGCCAUGUCAGCGGCUGGGGAUCCACCAUCCCAAAUCAAUAUGAGCCUUCUCAACGCCUGAAGUGUAUAACUGUGCCUGUUGUGGAUGACCAGACUUGCGUGAACACGUUCCCUGAGUUCCUGUUCUGGAGCAUAGGCAUGGUCUGCGCUGGACAAGCAAAUGCAGAUAACUGCAUGCGCGAUGGUGGCAGUGUGAUGGUGUGUGACGGCCAGCUGCAGGGUGUGCAGUGGUUCAGUCACGGCUGCAGAAAUCCAGCUGACCCCAGCGUCUACACCAAGCUGUGCAUGUACAAUGACUGGAUCCACGAUGUGAUGGACCGCUACGUGCCCACUCUGCCAACUGAAACCACUCCAGGGAUGACAUGAGGCAGCAGAGAGACGUGUUCACAGAAUACAUGUAAAUACUAUUACAUACUAUAUAUAUAUAUAUAUAUAUAUAUAUAUAUAUAUAUAUAUAUAUAUAUAUAUAUAUAUAUCAAAUACGUCCUGACCACUUUACUGGGAAGGUUCAGUGUUGUGGAAACUAUACUUAAACUCAAAAUUUAGGGGUUCUGUUCAUGAAAGUAUUCAUAAACAUUAUGGAGUACGCUCAGCUACAAAAGAAAAUCUGUAUGCAAACUCAAAAUUGUAGAUAUUAACAACAACUAAAUAAAAUGUCAUGUGUUCCGACA